ACUAUUGCUGAGAAGACCAUCCACGUCUGUAUUAUUUAUCCAUAACCACGGAUCGGGGGUUUAUCCCUUACGAAGCAAAAGCAGAUGUAUUCUCAAAGUUCCUGCACUUCCACACGUAUGUCAAAACUCAUUUCAAUAAAGACAUACGCUCUCCCUGGAAUGUGAUAAUGGUUCCGAGUACAACAAUGCUCAGCUCCAUGAGUUCUUUGCUCAAAAAAGGAUGACAAAGUAUAAGUUGACAAUGCAUGCUGGGUCAAUUAUCAACUUAAUUAUAAGCUGUCAUAAUUCUCAUUACCUCUUCUAUCGCUAAUGAAUAUUGGGUAUUAAGUGGAUCAACAUUCUUUCUUGAGAAGUAGUCUUCUAUUUUGGUUCAUAUACUAUUAUUUUAAAAGAAUGAUUAGUAGAUCUUUUAAAAAAAAAAGUUGUUUCAUGUGUAAUAUGUUCUGACAUAUUGUUGCACCUCCCAUCCGGGACUUAGGUCUCUGUCUUUAAUAGAUCUGGAUUUAACUUUUAUUUUUACAAAAAAAUAAUAUGUUCUGACAUUUUAACGUCAACUUUAAUUUUUUUGAAGAAGACGGCAACGUUGAAAACUUUGACGUCAACACACAUCUCUCUAUAUAUAGUAACUAGUACUGCGACGUGUUUUGUUUUCUCCCAGCUAUCUUUUUCUCCUUCGUCUUCGCUUUAACUUUUCCCAUCCCAAGAAAAGUCUAGAUCUAAUUAAAAUUUUCAAAUCCCAAGCAGCAUUUACUCUGCACAUUUUAGAAUCGCCAGGUUAGGUGUUCAUUUCAAUUUUCUUUUCUUUUUUUUUGCUUUUUCGUCUUUUUUGCUCAUUGUUGACAGUCAUUCCAUCACCAAAACAAAAUUAAUUUUUUAGGUUUUUUUUUUUUUCACAUACUUUCUAACGCAAAUGCAUCGGCAAUAUGCGAUCAUUUAUUUGUUUUUAUCUCAAUAUAGGGUUCCGAAUUACGAACGAGAAAAACUUAGGGUUCUGAUUACUGUUAAAGCAUUAUUAUUGGGUGUUUCUUAUUUUCUUUUUCAUAAACUUUUUUUUUAUACUUGGUACUCUGUUGCAUAAACGUCGAGGAUGGAUUAAUAGAUAUUUCUUCUCUGUUUUCUUGAAUGAUUGUUGCUUGAUAUGAGGAGGAUUCUCAAGGGCUCCCAACACAUUUUUUCCUAAGUGCAAUUGUUUGAUUACGAUCAACAAAAACGCGUGGUGUUUCUUUCUAGCCCACUAUGUCCAACAGAGUGUAAGUGUAGUCGAAUUCCAUUCAGCUGAGAAAACGACGUAGUGUCUAGACACUAACCUUUGAAUGGUAUUUAGGGUACAUGUUUAUAGGUGGAGAAUUCAUGUAAGCUGGAAUUAUAGGCUAAAUGGUGGUUUGUUUAUAUAGAAUAAUUGAUUUUGUUUUUAUCAGUCUGUGGUAAAACCAAAUUGAUUUUUCUAGAUGAUGUUAGAAAGAUAUAUUAUAGAGAAUAAUAAAGGGAUAACGAAGAAAAAGGUGGAAAUCUAUUGGAUCAAUAAGAACUCACCAGAAGUCCUUCUGCAUGCCUAACAUUUUAUUGAUAAUACUCUCUCUAAUAUAGAUUUUGUUUUCUUCUGCAUAUGCGUCAAAACCACGAAAGGUGUAUAGAUGCAAUUGAAUUAACUUCAAGGGUUAUAUGAAUAAUCAGUGAUACAUGUCAAGUCAAAAGACUAAUCAUUUUGUAUAUAUAUAAAAAAUCAGUUAACAUUUUUGUUACAGGGGAAUUUUUGUUUUAAAUGGAAGAGAGAUCAAAAUGUUUGCAAAUAGAAGUAGAAGGGGAGCUCCCAGCUAUACUGACAGAAGCUACAACAGAAGUGGUUAACUUUGACAAUCACAAAGAGAAUAGUCUUCCUCGUCCUCCUCGCUUCAUCAGUCGUUUUCAUCCUUCUCAUGCCUCUACCUCUGAUUUGAAUGGUCUAGAAGUAUCAAGUUUAUCAGCGAGCAAAACAAUGGAAGCUCACAAUGAGGAUCUCAAAGAGACAAAACCCGGGAUGACGAUCAAUCAUCAAAGGAAGACAUCACUUCCAAUGCCAACUUCACCAAUUGAUCAUAUGAUCGCUGAUCCUACAUCUUCAUCAUCCGACAACAACAAAAACGGUGGGUCAACUGGAAAAUCCGUUAAGUUUCUCUCUCAGCCGGUGACCAAAGUCCCAUCCCUCUACAUUGAAACCUGCAAAGAUAAUGAUAAUGAUAGUCUUCGCCCUGAUAAUCAUCAACAUCAACAUCAUCAUCAGCAACAUCACCAGAGCGGUCAACUUCAAAAUCAAAAGCCUGCAUCGCAUAAGCUUAAGGAUCACAGGUACAACUCAUUCAAGACUUGGUCAGGGAGACUUGAGAGACAAUUCACAAGAAAACCAGCUUCUAUACCGGAGACACCAAACCGGGCUAAGGAGCAUUUAAAUACUAAUCAUGAAGCCAUGCCUGUGGAUCGAUACUUCGCUGCCUUAGAAGGUCCUGAAUUGGAGACUCUCCGGUCUCAAGAAGAGAUCGUUCUACCAAGUGAACAAACAUGGCCAUUCCUUCUCCGCUUCCCGAUAUCCACCUUCGGUGUGUGCCUUGGAGUGGGCAGCCAAGCCAUAAUGUGGAAAACCCUAGCCACUGCGAAGCCAACAAAGUUCCUACACGUAUCCCUCUGGAUACACCGGAGUCUCUGGUUCAUCUCGGUCGCAUUAGUUCUCAUCAUUGCCACUAUUUACCUCCUCAAAAUCAUCCUCUACUUCGAAGCCGUACGCCGCGAAUACUACCAUCCCAUCAGAAUCAACUUCUUCUUCGCGCCUUUCAUUUCAUUACUCUUCUUAGCCUUAGCGGUCCCACCUUUUAUAGUUACAGACUUGCCACAGUUCCUUUGGUACGUCCUCAUGUUUCCUUUCAUCUGUCUCGAGCUCAAGAUUUACGGACAGUGGAUGUCGGGUGGUCAACGCAGGCUCUCCCGAGUCGCCAACCCGACCAACCAUCUCGCAAUCGUUGGGAACUUUGUAGGGGCGUUGCUUGGUGCAAGAAUGGGCCUUAGGGAAGGACCAAUAUUUUUCUUUACCGUUGGGAUGGCUCAUUACUUGGUUCUGUUUGUGACAUUGUACCAAAGACUACCGACCAAUGAGACUUUGCCUAAAGAUCUUCACCCUGUGUUCUUCCUUUUUGUUGCCGCUCCAAGUGUUGCUUCCAUGGCUUGGGCUACGAUCACUGGCUCCUUCAACUAUGGCUCCAAAGUCUGUUACUUCAUCGCCAUGUUCCUCUAUUUCUCCUUGGCGGUUCGGAUUAAUUUCUUUCGUGGAAUCAAGUUUUCGUUGUCUUGGUGGGCGUAUACAUUUCCAAUGACUGGGGCUGCAAUUGCAACCAUCAGCUACGCAGCAGUAGUGAGGAACACUAUGACUAAAGUACUGUGUGUGAUCCUCUGUGCCAUUGCGACACUAGUUGUUUUCGCACUCCUCGUGACCACGAUCAUCCAUGUCUUUGUCCUCGGAAAUCUUUUCCCCAAUGACAACGCUAUAGCCAUCAGCAACCGCCCAAGAUCCAAACAGACUAACCACCACCGUUGGCUCGAACAGUUUAGAAACGUAAGCUCAGAGACCAUCGAAAAUUACUUGAAAUUCGCAGACUCCGACAGUAAUGAUCUAGAAGCUGCCAUUGACAAAAUUCAAGAGAAUAAUUCGACACAAUAAAAAAAUCAUAUCAUGUGUAUAGUCAGAGUCGUAGUAUACGAUUUUUGGUUUUGACUUGGUGUCACUGUGGCUGACACAAGUGAGGAACCUAGUAACGUAAACUGUUGGUUGCUAUGGUUCUAAUGAGCAUGUGUAAACUUGUAGUAACAAAAAGUAGGGAUGUCUACAAGGGUGAACUGAUCUAAAUCAGAACCAAUUUAUCCUAAGCUGGAUUUGUUAGCGGUUAACCCAAUACAGUAUGUAAAAACUUGUUUAGUUCAAAUAAAUAAAAAAGUUUUUGACU